CUUCCUCCCUUCUUCUACGUCUCUAGAAACUCUACGUCUUAAACAAAAUCUUUCAAGUUAAGUCAACAAUGGCAGCCUCUGACAGUUCUCACAUUCCCUAGCCGCCCUCGUGUCAAAAUGCCGACUUUCUUCUUUCCUUUCCACACUACUACUCAAAUUCAAACAGAUAGAAACAAAGAAAGAGACCAUAAUAUUCAUCUUUCUCACUUCACCACCACCACCACCGACUGGCAGUGGCAGCCAUGUCCGGCACCACCUUUCAUCACUUCUUCAUCCUCACCAUGUUUCUUACCUUCUUCAUUUCUUUCUCUACUUCCGACGACACCGAGCUUCAAAUCCUUCUCAAUCUCAAGUCCUCCUUGGCAUCAUCAUCAUCAUCAUCAUCCACCCCAGUGUUCCAAACAUGGACCAAAGACAACUCUCCCUGCAAUUUCUCCGGCAUUGUAUGUGGUCCUGACGGGAUGGUAACAGAGAUCAACCUUCCCCAACAAGGUUUAUCAGGAGGAACUCUUUCCUUUGAUUCAUUAUGCUCUCUUCAAAAUUUAGAAAAGCUCUCAUUCGAAUCCAACUCCCUCUCCGGAGAAAUAACAACAAGUGGUCUGUCCAAAUGCAACAAAUUACAGCACUUAGAUCUAAGCAUGAAUUCAUUCACGGGUCAAUUCCUUCCCAAUGAUCUUUCCCCUUUAAGCCAAUUGAAGUUCCUCAAUUUGAACGCCAGCGGAUUCUCCGGUCCAUUUCCAUGGAAGUCUCUUGAAAAUCUUACCAACCUCCAGUUUUUGAGUCUUGGAGACAACCCAUUUGACCCAACACCCUUUUCUCUCCAACUCCUAAACCUUAACAAAUUAUAUUGGCUUUACCUCUCCAAUUGCAGUAUCCAUGGCAGAUUUCCAGAUGGAAUUGGUAAUCUAACUCUACUCCAGAAUCUGGAACUCUCUGAUAACGCCCUGUUUGGUGAAAUCCCUCCAGGAAUCACCAACCUUCAAAAACUAUGGCAAUUGGAGCUCUACAAUAACCACCUUACCGGAAAACUACCAGAUGGAUUCGGUAAUCUUACUAGCUUGAUCAACUUCGAUGCUUCGAAUAACAGUCUUGAAGGAGAUCUUUCCGAGCUCAAAACGUUAACCCGCCUCCAGUCUCUUCAGCUUUUCGAAAAUGGCUUCUCAGGGGAGAUACCGGAAGAGUUCGGAAGCUUCAAAUUCCUCAAAGAAUUCUCUCUAUAUACCAAUAAUCUAACUGGUUCUCUUCCGUGGAGUAUAGGUUCCUUGUCAGAUUUUGAAUUCAUAGAUGUUUCAGAUAAUUCAUUGUCAGGGCAGAUACCACCUGAUAUGUGUAAGAAUGGCAAAAUGAUUAAGCUUCUGAUUUUGCAAAAUAAUUUCUCCGGCGAAAUUCCGGCUGCAUACGCUGAUUGCGCCUCUUUGAUUCGUUUCCGAGUGAACGAUAAUUCACUCUCCGGGACAGUGCCUGCCGGGAUAUGGGGAUUGCCUAACAUGACCAUAAUUGAUCUCUCGUUGAAUCAAUUCCAAGGAUCCGUUGGCCAGAGCAUUGGUAAUGCCAAGUCUCUAGCACAGUUGUUUCUAGCUGACAAUCUUUUUUCAGGCGAACUACCGGAUAAUAUAUCGGAGGCGGUUUCGUUAGUCUCCGUGGAUCUGAGAUCCAACAGAUUCUCUGGAAAAAUUCCUGCGAAAAUCGGGCAAUUAACGAAUCUAGACAGCCUACAUUUGGAGAACAACUUAUUCUCUGGCCAAAUCCCUUGGUCAUUAGGGUCCUGCAGGUCUCUCAGCGAGGUCAAUCUCGCCGGUAACUCUCUUUCCGGCGAAAUACCAAUGACGAUUGGAACUUUGCCCAGCUUAAACUACUUAAACCUGUCGAGUAACAAUCUUUCUGGUGAAAUUCCAUCUAGCUUGUCAUCAUUGACACUAACGCUGCUCGAUCUAUCGAACAAUAGGCUCUUCGGUCCUAUACCAGAAUCAUUACUAGUUCCUCCGUUUACUGGAAGCUUCGUUGGAAACCCCGAUCUGUGCAGCAACAGCAAAAACAGAAAGUAUCCGAGGUGUUCUCCGUUGGGUUCAGGCAGGCACCGCGAUAUUCGGAAAAUUGUAGCGCUCUUCAUAGCGGGAGUUACUAUUUUGGCGGUGUCGAUUACUUGCUAUAUGACACACAAACACUACACACGUAAAAUAGAUCACCAGGAUAAUCAUCAUCCGAUAAAGCGAGGACAAGGACACGGAUCGUGGGACAUGAGGCAGUUUCACCUGUUAAGCUUUACGGAAGACGAGGUAGUGAACGCUGUUAGGACGGAGAAUCUAAUAGGAAAAGGCGGUUCCGGCAAUGUUUACAAGGUUGUGUUGGCGAACGGGGAGAAGCUAGCAGUUAAACAUAUUUGGAGGUCAGAUAGCGUAACUGGCGAGAGUUUCCGAAGCAGAAGUAGCAGCAGCGGAAGGGCAAUGCUGGGGGGGCAGAGGCGGAGUGUGCGGUCGUCGUCGGAGUUUGAGGCGGAGGUGACAGCGUUAAGCUCUGUGAGGCAUUUGAACGUGGUAAAGUUGUACUGUAGUAUCACAGGGGAGAGCUCGGAUCUGUUGGUGUACGAGUACAUGUCGAAUGGGAGUCUGUGGGACAGGAUGCACAACGCAUGUCGUAAGAUGGAGAUGGGAUGGAGGUUGAGAUACGAGAUCGCGGUGGGGUCCGCAAGGGGUCUGGACUACCUGCAUCGCGGAUGUGAAAGGCCCGUGAUUCAUAGGGAUGUGAAGUCCAGCAAUAUUUUGUUGGACGAUGAGAUGAGGCCCAGAAUUGCAGACUUCGGGCUUGCCAAGAUUUUGAAUGCCCAAGGAGACAGGGAUACUACUACUUACGGUUUUGCUGGAACCCACGGCUAUAUGGCUCCAGAGUGCGGGUACACGAACAAAGUGAACGAGAAGAGCGAUGUUUACAGUUUUGGAGUAGUGCUGAUGGAGCUGGUGACUGGAAAGAGACCAGUAGAGGCUGAGUUUGGAGAGAGCAAGGACAUUGUCCAGUGGGUGUGUUACGAGUUGAUGAUGACAAGAGGCAAUAAUAAUAAUAAUGGGGAGUCGCUGGUGGACACCACCAUCUCCGAGGCACACAGAAGCGAUGCUGCGAGAGUGUUGGGCAUUGCAGUCAGGUGCACCACCAGGGUGCCGGGGCUAAGGCCUUCCAUGAGGGCAGUGGUGCAGAUGCUGGAGGAGGCUGCCCCUAGAUAGAUGAUGACAACUCAAUUUGGAAGGAAGAAAGGAAACGCCAUUAGUCAAGUUUAGUAGAAAUAAUAUAUAGCCAAAUGGUAGAAGAAAGAUAGAUGUAACAUUCAAAUAAAUACUCUGUCUAUUGUGUC